AGGAUUAGACAUUCCCUAUCCUUCCCCCCCUGCCCCCAAUUAAAGGAAGAUUUCGUGAAGUAACUUGUCUCCAACCUGUUGGUCCCAUCUUCACCCUGUUAAAAUGUUUAACAGUUGUGGUGUGAGUCAGUUUUACCACAGCAAAGCACUCACCUCCCCAUAUCCAGGAUCAAAUAUUGAGCGUAGCCAAGUUCCAGAAGAAAAAGUGGGCUGGUUAACUGAGUGGAAAGAUUAUAAUCCUGUGGAGUACACUGCAGUCACUGUUUUGGCUGGGCCCAGGUGGGCAGAUCCCCAGAUCAGCGAUAAAAAUUUUUCUCCCAAAUUUAAUGAGAGAGAUGGAGAAGUAGAGAGAAAGAGUCUGAAUGGCUUGUAUGUGGUUGAAAACGGGAGGCCCCGAAAUCCUGCAGGAAGGACUGGUCUCAUAGGCAGAGGAUUGUUAGGACGUUGGGGACCAAAUCAUGCUGCUGAUCCGAUUAUAACUAGGUGGAAGAGGGAUAGAAGUGGCAAUAAAAUAGCUCACCCAGUUACUGGCAAAAACAUUCUACAGUUUGUAGCUAUUAAGAGGAGAGAUUGUGGGGAGUGGGCCAUUCCAGGGGGGAUGGUAGAUCCAGGAGAGAAGAUUAGCACUACACUUAAGCGAGAAUUUGGUGAGGAGGCCCUGAAUUCCUUACAAAAAUCACCUAAAGAAAAAGAAGAAUUGGAAAAGCAACUACACAGGCUGUUCAGCCAGGAACCCUUUGUGGUGUACAGAGGAUAUGUGGAUGACCCUCGUAACACUGAUAAUGCCUGGAUGGAGACAGAGGCUGUGAACUAUCAUGAUGAAUCUGGUGAGACAAUGGAUAAUUUGCCCCUGGAAGCAGGUGACGAUGCUGGGAGAGUGAAGUGGGUUGACAUCAGUGAAAAACUCAAGCUAUACGCAAAUCACAGCUACUUCAUUAAGCUUGUGACUGAGAAGUGGGGAGCCCAUUGGAGUGAAGAUCCUGGUCCUGAGAACCAUGAAUGAUAUUUCUGAAAUUCAAAUAUAAACUAGAAAAAGACACACAUAAAGGAAAUAGCAGUUUUCCGGUAUUUAAACUAGUAUGACAUUGUCCUGUUCAAUGCUAAAAAUCAACUGGCAAAACCUGUCGUUCAAGAGGCAGUGCUGGAAGUGAUCUAUAAUUAUGACUUUCUGUAAAAUGUGUACAAUGUACAGCUGUGCGCUCAUAUUCCGGGUAAAUAUCUGGCAGAACUUCUGGCUGCAAUGAGACAUGAUCUAAUGGAAACUUGUAGAAGACUUCAAGUCUCCUCUUUUGAUUUCAACUAGUAUGAAGUGAGACUGAUGCUGAACUGUUAUCUUAUUCUCCUUUGUUGUAAUUAUUUCCAGAUAGUUCUCACUAUUUCUAGAUUUGCAUGACAGUGUUAGAGUUUUGAACUGUUCUAGUUCAGAGGCUGGUCACUUUAGCUCUGUAUCUCUGCUUUGAUUGCUUGUCAGGAGCAUGAAUCAUUGAGGGAUGUGAGACUUCUAGUCUCUGAUGAUAUAAGCACUUACUGUAAUGUGAAUGUUACGUAAUAAAGUGUAGUUUCUUUUGUGAAUGGU